CACCAGCCCCAAAAAGGCAAAAAGUUAACAACAAACCUAAAAAGUCGUCACCAUCGUCAAGCAAGGACUUAGAAAUCAUAAAUAUUGAUUAAAAAUUAUCUUGUAUUAGAGGUUUAUUAUGACAUAAUAUUUCUAGCGCAAAGCGAGGUGGUGGUUCGAAAUGCUACGCUUUGUGGUCAAAAUAGCCAGGAAGUUGGGUGUAACUGGCAUUAUAUGGCAUAUUUUCCAAGAAUCUUCCGAACUGGUUUUACUGAAAAUAUAAUGUUGUCAACACAUGGAUACCCGAAGCCAGUAAAAGUUACUGUAAACUUAUUGGAUACCAAUCGUAACACUGUUUUUUCCUCCAAUAAUUUUACAGUUCAGCCAGAAAAAUUGUCCACAUUGCCUAUAUUUAUGAACCAUAAUUCUCCUGGGGGUAUAAAGGUAGAAGUUAGUGGUAUAGGUGAGAGUGUUGAUGGGAAAGAAUGGUCAUUCAAAAAUACAAGUGAACGUAUUCAAAUCGAAAAACUUGGACUCAAUAUUUUUAUUCAAACAGACCGACCCAUUUAUAAGCCAGGGCAAAAAAUCCAGUUUCGAGUGAUUGUGGUAACUCAUACUUUAAAACCGUAUGAGGGGAAAUUAGAAAAAGUCGUAAUUGAAAAUCCAUCAGGUUCGAGAAUGAGGCAAUGGAAAGAUGUUGAUCUGGAGGAAGGUUUCGCUUCGUUGGAGUUGAAGACAUCAGAAAAACCAGUCAUGGGUACAUGGAAAAUUAAAGUUGAGCUUAAAACAUAUAAGAAAGAACUCAAGGUGGAUGUCAAAAAAUAUGUUCUACCGAAGUUUCAAGUCACUGUUAACCCACCAUCAUUUGCAUCAGAGCUUCAAAAAACUCUGGAAUUUGAAGUUUGCGCUAAGUAUUCGUAUGGGAAAAACGUUUAUGGAAAGAUGACCACAAUAGUUUGCAAAAGAAGGAGAUAUUAUUAUUAUUAUAGAACUCGUCAAGAUGAUUCUGAGUGUGUUACUGUAGCAAAAAUAAUUGAUGGAUGUGUUACAGUUUUAAUCGAUACUAAAGAAUUCCCUCCACCAUCUAUGAGCUAUUACAACUAUCAAUAUGUAUUUGAUGCAAAGGUUAAGGAAAAAGCAACAGAAGUCACGUUGAAUAGUACACAGAUCACAAAACAAGUUCACACUAAAGAAGUUGAAUUGUCUUUUCAAGCAACCAAAGUGUUUAAACCGGGUUUUCCUUUCACUGUCAAGCUAUUUGCAAAAUAUCCAGAUGGCAAGCCAAUUGAGAAAGAUCUGAAGGUUAAAGUAUUAGCAGGAACGUCAGGUUAUUAUUCCGGUAAUCUCUAUGCUGAAAACAUAACAAUUUCCAAUGGAAUGACUAUAAUAAAGUUACCUCCGAUUCCAUUUAAUGCACAGGAAGUGUCAGUCAGGGCCACAUAUGAACGGGAGAAAAUUUAUCCAACAGAAAGAAAAUAUCGCAGACAAUCGUAUGGUUCCAUAUACAUUAAACCUUGGUAUUCACCAACUCACAGCUAUUUACAUAUUGAAAAACAGAAGCAGGCUAUGCAGAAUGGAACCACUGCAAAUGUGACAGUUAAAUACACAUCUGUUGACGGCAAAGAAGUUGAGAGAAACAUUUACUAUUCCCUAAUGUGUGCUGGCAAUGUUGCUUUGUCUGGUAGCGUAAAACGCACUUUUAAAGCUGCCAUAGCAGAAAACCCAACGGACCCACCAACAACAACGACAACCACAACAACAACAACACUGAAACCCAUUUUGGAUAAAAAUGGCACUAGAAUUUUCCAAAUCACACCUCGACCAAUUUAUUGGUGGGAAAGACCACCCGUUACCAGACCACCACUUCCAUACCAAUUCUCAGUUGGUAGCUUUAAGUUUUCUUUUAAUGUGACAAAAAACAUGUUUCCUUCCUGUCGCAUGAUUGUAUAUUACAUUCGUGGUGAAGAAGUGGUUGCUGAUGAUACUGAAAUUGAUGUUGUGGAUGAAUUUGAAAAUAAAGUUUCAAUAAAGUUUGAUAAAUCAGAAGUGAAACCAGGAAAUAAAGUCAAGCUAACUGUAAAAGGUUUUCCUAAAUCACGAAUUGCUAUUGCUGCUGUUGACAAAAGUAUACAUUUCUUAGCUAAGGGGAACGACAUAAAACCAAAAGACCUUUUUAAUAUUCGAAACACUUUGGAUAUAACACCAGGAUGGGUUAAUAACUAUGGUCGUUGUCCAAGACGUUGGGGUAGAAGAAAAAGAAGUAUUGCUCCUGGCUGGUUCUGGCAAGACUAUGUUGAUUCUGAGAAGGCAUUUUCUAAUGUUGGUGUUACAUUUUUGUCAAGUUUAAACAUUGAUGUCAGGCCAUGCAAAGAAUUACCACUUAUUGAAUAUUCACGUGCAGUAGACGAUCUGAGUCCAGAUGGUGGAACGGAAGUUGCUACUUUAGGAAUUCCUGGACCUGUAGGUGCAACACGUAAAAAUAAGAAGUUAAAUAGCUCCAACAAUCAGAAGAAAAACGCACGACCAAGGACAGAAUUUCCUGAGACAUGGCUUUGGACCGAAGAGAAACUAUCGAAAGACGGUGUUCAUGUUUUUGACGUCAAAGUUCCCGACACUAUAACCAGUUGGUAUGCUAGCGGAUUUGCUGUGUCGAAACAAGCAGGUUUGGGUGUAGCUAGCCCAACAGAACUUCGCGCGUUUCAGCCAUUUUUUAUUUCGUUGGUGCUACCUUACUCUGUUGUACGCGGUGAAGAUGUCACUGUCCCGGCGGCUGUGUUCAGUUACCUGGAAAAUGCAUGCAUAACGGUGAGAGUAUCUCUGUCAUAUUCUCCAGAGAACUAUCGAAUAAUCGCUGGACCGUCAGCCAAAACUUGUAUUUGUGGUGGGCGCACCGCCACUGUGUUGUUCCGCGUUCAACCACGGAAACUUGGUCGCAUUCCAAUUCGAGUCUCUGCCGAGACAUUAGACGAGAACGCAUGCGCGGUUAACAAACCUUUCAACUCAAAAAUCACGGCAGCCGAUAGCUUAAUUAAAAAGUUAUUAGUUGAACCUGAAGGUGUCAAGGAGGAUCAUACGCAGUCGAGUUUCUUUUGCCCAAAAGACACGUCGGGAACGUAUAACGCAGACUUUACACUUCAAGUGCCAAGUAACGUCGUACCGGGAUCUGUGUUCGCAAAGGUUACAGCCAUGGGUGAUUUAAUGGGUUCGAGUUUGUCGAAUAUAGACGAGUUGUUGGCGAUGCCGUACGGAUGUGGCGAGCAAAACAUGUUGAAAUUCGCACCGAAUAUUUUCAUUAUGAAUUAUUUGAAUAAUACAAACCAAGUAUCUGGCGAGAUAAAAACUAAAGCACUCGACUACAUGAGAUCAGGCUAUCAAAGAGAAUUGACAUAUAAACAUGGUGAAAAGUUCGAUAGCAACUUUGGUUCAUAUAGUGCGUUUGGUCAUCGAGACAAAAAUGGUAGCACGUGGUUGACGGCUUUCGUUCUAAAAUCAUAUGCCCAAGCCCGUCCUUGGAUUGACGUUGAUCCAACUGAAAUUGAUGAUCCGAAGAAUUGGUUGCUUAAUAUCCAAUCAAAAGACGGUUGUUUCCCCACAGUUGGCUCAUUGCACAAUAAGGCUAUGAAAGGUGGCGUCAAGACGCCUGCUACGUUAACAGCAUAUGUUUUGAUUUCCUUGUUGGAAGCUGAUCUUGGUGCGAACGAUCAGCGCGCAGUGAAAGCAGCAUCAUGUGUUUCCAACACUCUGGAUGAAAUCAAAGAUUCUUACUCGCUUUCUAUCAUCGCGUAUAUGUUUGCAAAGAUGAAAGAUACAGCGAGUUAUAAUAAAGUCAUGAAGAGAUUAGAUGCUAUGGCAAUAAAGGAAGAUGGUAUGAUUCGUUGGGAGGAACCGAAAGAAAAAGAGGAUAGUAAAAAACAAACAUUUUGGUAUUAUGCUGCUCGUUCCACCGACAUCGAACAAACUGCGUAUGCUUUGAUUGCUAAGCUUACCUUAACUGGCAAGAAAACAACUUCCGAUAAUAUUCCGAUUGUAAAGUGGCUUUCCAAACAAAGAAACGGACUCGGAGGAUGGUCAUCAACUCAGGACACGGUUCUCGCCAUGCAAGCGUUAGCAGAGUUCGCAGAAAUCACAUACGGAACAGCUGCAGAUAUGUCCGUUUUGAUUCGGGCUGGUCCUGAUUUUGAACACACAUUUAAAGUUAACAAAGAGAAUGCUUUAGUCUUGCAAAGAGUUGAGGAUGUUCCUGUUCCAAACACUGUAAAACUGACUGCUACAGGAGAGGGGUGUGCGCUUGUACAGGUCAAUAUCAGAUAUAACGUAAAAGAAGUGAAAGCAAAGCCAUCUUUCGAAGUCACUCAUUCCAUCAAAACAAUUCAGCACAAGCUAACCAAGCGACAGUCAUGUCGUUCACAAAUGUUGAAAGUUUGCGCACGAUGGCUCAGAAAAGGUGAAUCCAACAUGGCGCUGGUGGAUGUGCAGAUGAUUUCGGGAUUCGAAGCGAAUUCUAAAUCAUUCGAGAAGGCGCUUCAAAAUACGAAGGGAUUGAAAGACAUCGAAAUAAAAGGAAAAGGCGUCAUGUUCUACUUUAACAGGCUGAACAACAAGUUCCGUUGUUUCGAAAUUCGAGUGGAUCAAACAUCGAACGUUCGAAAAGCAAAGCCUGUACCAAUCACAGUGUACGAUUACUAUGACACAGAAAAAUCAGCUACAGUGAUGUACGAAUUCACCAACAAACAAUGUAGAGGAUAAAAGAAAAAACCCUUUUUUGUUCAUGUUUUUUUAAUAAUUUUUGUAAUAUUUUUUUACUAUGACAAACAGGUUCUUGUUGAGUUAAA